AUGUCGAGUGAAAAGGCAACUGAAAGCUUUGUGCAGCCAGCCAUUCCCAAGUUCGAUGGUCAUUACGACCAUUGGAGCAUGUUGAUGGAAAACUUCUUAAGGUCUAAAGAGUACUUUGACCUUGCGAUUGAUAGAUCCAUUCUCGAAACCAUUCUCGAGAAGGACACCUCCCACCAAAUAUGGGAGUCAAUGAAGAAGAAGUAUCAAGGAUCCAUAAAGGUGAAGCGAGCACAGCUUCAAGCUAUAAGAAGAGACUUUGAGACUCUUCAAAUGAAGAAUGGGGAAUCUGUGAAUGAGUACAUUGGAAAGGCUAUGUCAAUGGCUAACAAGAUGAGAAUCCAUGGUCACAAGAUUGAAGAUAAUGAAGUAGUUGAGAAAAUCUUGAGAUCAAUGGCUCCUAAGUUCGACUACGUGGUCAGCUCAAUUAAGGAGUCAAAUGACAUAGAGGAUAUGUCAAUAGAUGAGCUACAAAGUUCUUUGCUAGUUCAUGAGCAGAAGCUCAACCGAGGAGGCUCCCAAGAGCAAGCUUUGAAGGCUUUCACCUUCACUGAAUCUUCAAGUUCAAGAGGAGGAAGAGGACGUGGAAGAGGUGGACAUGGUCGUGGAAAUCGAGAUGGUGGACGGUUUUGGAAUAAAGAUGAUAGCACAUCAUCUUAUGUCUCAAAGAAAGAGGAUGAUCGUCAAGGAAAAGGCAAGGAGCAGUUUGACAAAUCACAGAUAGAAUGUUACAGAUGUGGUAGCUAUGGACACUACAGAAAUGAGUGCUACACCAAGCUUCCUAAGAGAAGGGAGAGAAGUCAAAUUUUAUUGAGACAAAGGAGGAAGAAACGCUGCUGA